UUUUCGUUUUUGCUUUGCCUCCAACGUCUCGUUCCUUCCUUGUUUGUCCGGUGAAUCGCUCGCUCCUCUCCUCAACGUUUAAAGUUUGAUAGAUGAGUUUGUUGGUCGCGAGAUGGGGUCUUAAAAUCUGGUUUGGCGCUUGACAGGGUCUUCGGCGAUCGUGGUUUUAGAUUUUUCUUUUUUUUCUUCGUUGUGGGCCGCAGGCUAGAAGACCUGGAACGAUGGAAGAAAUCGUGGUUGCCGGCAUUGUCUCGCAAACAGGGGAAAAGGACGCUGCAUUUUAGCUAUAGUGAUUUUCGCAAACACGCGCUUAUAAUCCUAGCUAGCAAACGCGGAGGAACGAGCAACGCGGAGGGACUAGAUCGCGUCUAAAUGGAGGAAUGGGUCGCAGGGCUCGAGGAUCGGUAGCCCAAAUCCGGGCAGCAGCGCUGUAGGGCUUCUCAAUCGAUCGAUCGAUCGAUCGACACAGCGCGAGAGUUUGAGCGAGCGAGAGAUUCUAGAUUGAUAGAUGAGCUAUGGCGAAGAAUCGUGAUGAGAGAUUGCGGUGGAUCGGCUCCAGCUUCUUCCUCGUGGCGAUUUGGGCCUCUUGGGCAGCGGCGCAGCAGCCAGCGUUCGAGGACGCCUCCAAUUCCACAUGCCGGGGCGUGCUGCUCCACUACUCCAUCCGGCGCGUCGCCAAGAUCAGCCCCUUUCUCACCGAUGCCGCGCAGCAGCCCUAUCGAUUCGAGUCGGCGCUCCAGCUGAGCAAUCUGGGCUUCAGCGAGGUGAAGAACUGGCGCGCGUUCGUGGGAUUCCAGCACCGCGAGAUGCUCGUCCAGGCGCCCGGGGCGCUGCUGGCCGACGGCGAGAAUCUGCCAGUCACUGUGGCCCCUGCCGGCGCCACGCUCGCGGGAUUCCCCCAGACCGAUCUCCUUAACGCGGUCGAGACCGCCGGUGACACCACCAAGACCUCGGUGACGAUCAAUCUGGUCGGCACCGAGUAUGGCGUCGAGGAUUUCCCGCUGCCCGCCAAUAUCAGCUUCCCAGUGCCCGGCUACACCUGUGGAUCCGUCCAGAAGCUCGGAAAUGAUACGCUUCAGCUGUGCUGCACGGAGAAUGCGACCGCGAUCAACAGCACCAGCACGGAUCAGUUCGCGCUGCCGGAACCGGGCGACCUCACCAUUACCUACAGCGUGAUCCAGACCUUCACGGACAACUACUGGGCCGAGGUAGACAUCUCCAACGACAAUCCCCUGGGCCGGAUCGAUGGCUGGAACCUGACAUGGGAGUGGCAACAAGGCGAGUUCAUCUUCCAGAUGCGAGGCGCGCAGGCGCUCGACCAGGAUCAAACCGAGUGCCUCUCGGGCCCGGCGGGCGCUCACUACAAAGAUUUCGACUUCUCCACGGUGAUGAGCUGCAAUCGCCACCCGACCAUCGUGGAUCUUCCUCCCGAGCGAGCCAACGACACCAGAGUUGGGAUGAUCCCAUCGUGCUGCCGGAGUGGACUUCUCCUCCCGGCCACCAUGGAUCCAAAGCUCUCCAAGUCGGCCUUCCAGCUCUUCGUCUACAAGGUCCCUCCAAACCUCGACCGCGACACUCUCGCUCCCCCGGCCAACUUUAAGAUCGAUCCCAGGUACUCUUGCGGGCAGCCCCAGCUGAUCGCUCCCGUGGAGAAGCCGGAUCCCAGCAGCCCGACGAGGAUGAUCUCGGCGAUUAAGAGCUGGCAAGUUACGUGCAACAUGACCCGGAAUGGCAGGCUGGAGCAAGUCGGCCAAGUCGAGAACUUGGAGACGAGGCGAAAGUGCUGCGUUUCCUUCUCGGGUUUCUACAACUCGUCCGCGGUUCCAUGCCCGACUUGCGCCUGUGGCUGCUCCGCCAACUCCACCCUUCCUCGGCCUUCCUGUGACACAAGCUCGCAGGCGAUGCUCUUGCCUUCGUACGCGCUGCUGCUCCCGUUCCAGGACCGCAUUGGAAAGGCGCUCGAGUGGGCGAGGAUGAACAGGAAGCCGGUUCCAAGCGUGGCUCCGUGCUCGGACAAUUGCCCCGUGAGCAUCAACUGGCACGUCGUGUCGGACUUCACCGACGGAUGGACUGCCCGGCUCUCGCUGCUCAACUGGGACGAGACGGCCGUUCCCGAGUGGUUUGCCGCGGUGGAGCUCAGGAACGCGUUCCCGGGGCUCGAGCGGGUCUACACUCUCAAUGGGACUUUGAUCAACGACAACACCACCUUGUACUUCCAGGGGCUGCCAAACUAUAGCGACUAUCUCAACCGGAUCGACAAGAACAAUCCGGGGAAGCUCCAGGCAGUGAUCUCGUUCGACAAGAGGAAGACGCCCGGGAUCAACGUCACUGGCGGCGAUGGAUUUCCAACCAGGGUGGUGUUCAAUGGCGAGGAAUGUGCGCUCCCAGACGCGAUUCCAAUCAGUCAUGGAUAUCGUCUUCGCGCGGUGCCGAGGUUGGUUGUUUCGCUUCUCCUUGCUGCUGUUCUUGCGGCCUUUUGGCUGUGAAUGAACUAAGCUCUGAUCGAUCGAUGCAUCCAUCGUGGAAACUGUAAAUCUUUCUUUUGCCUUUAUUCCCUUCAUCUGCUGACUUUGGAAAAGUUUUGUUGUGCGGUUUUCGAUACGAAAAUAAAUAUGUUCUGGCUA